AUGUACUACCUCAUCCAUACAUCAAGCUGCACCCGUCCUUUCCUUACUGUCAUUGCCUUUAUAGCACGAGACUUCCGCGGUUGGGGAUAUCGUGUUGACUGCCACCCCCGCGAGUCGAAGUACAUCGCCGAGAUAAGGAUUCGGGAGAGGGCUAUGAAUGGCACUAAGUGGAGAGUCGAGCUCAUGGAAAUCUGGGCACGUGAGGUAAUUAGUAGGACGACACAGGAGCGCGAGAGUGGGGAUCAAGUUCCGACAAUGCGACCGACGGGCGAAGAGCUAUCGCAUGAAGAGCGCAGAAUUGAACGAGCAUCAAAUUUCGUCCAGGAUUUCGUGGACGGCAUCGCUGCGUUCGGUGAUCUACUGGGUCUCAUCAGCAAGUACAUGCGCCUCCUACAUGCAGUAGUACAUACAUCGAAUGCGACAUUACCCCCUUGGUCGAACCCCGACAUUCUGAUCGCGGACAAAGUCACCCUGGAGUUUCACUUCCAUGAGGCAUUGAGGAAAGAGCAUCUCGUCCAUGCUAUGAGCAAGGCGAUUAGCAAGAACAUAGGGCGGAUGGGCAGAGUAGAAAGGGUCAUGAUGAAAGGCUCUAUCAAAGUGGCAUUGUUUGUCGAUGUGAGUGAUUGCGUCAUACCGCAAGGUGGUAGUGAUGAGGAGAUGAGAGAUCCAGUCCCGGUUUAUGAGAGAGGAGAAAGGCCACCGCCUUAUUUGCAAGGUUGA